AUGGGGGUGGUCGUCAACAACGUGUUCAUCAAGGGGAUCAUCAACAAGGCGAAGGAGAGGAAGGCGAAGGAGAAGCAGACAAAGGCGAUACCCGUUCCCCCACUGCGCGGCACUAACCCCAUACCUCAGACCAACCCAAUUGCGGGAUCUUCACGUCCUCGACCUGAUACACCCAUCGUCUUUCGCAAAGUCGACCCCGACUGGACACCCGACACUACUUCCUGGAUGUGGGACAACCCCUGGCUACGGCAGGAGCACCUCUUGGGUGAGGAAUGGAAGGACAUGGGGAGGAACACACACGGUGAGUGGUUCGACGAAGACCAGGACGACGGCAUAGACUGGGAGUUGUUUGGGGAUGGGGAGCAUCGGUCGAACCCUAAGUUCGACCUGGUUAUCUAUUCAACUCUUUGCUCCUCUCCACUUGGGGUAGUGGUCAUUCUCGACUUCCUCGCUCGAUCUUCAGGACGACGCACUGUCCAUAAGCCCUCGCUUGUCGUCUAUGAGUCAGGCAUCAAUACAGUAUAG